AUGACUCCGGUACCUUCAUCCCGCAGGAUCCGUCGUCGAAGAGUCACCGACGAAGAUCGGAAGCGGGCGCCCCGAGCCUGUACCCGUUGUAAGGCCCGCAAGAGCAAAUGCAUUGAGACGGCGUCGGGUAUAUGCCAACGAAGUCUCCAGGGCUCACAUACUUGUAGCUUCGUCACGCAGCGUUCUAGUACAUCACCAGGAGUAUUACAGUCACCUAUAAGAGACUAUGACGAAUCUUCCGCGGACCUGGGUCCCAGAUCGAGCCCCGGCGCCCUUGCCGAUGUCCCGGACAACAUACAGACAUCACGCCGGGAUCUCUGCUCCGAUAGUGACGCCCCUGAGAACUUUAUGUGGCCACGCUUCCUGUCCAGACUGAGGACCGUAUUCUAUCUCGAGCCAAAUUCAUCACCCGCCGAGAGGGAGAUUGCUAGACUUGAAGCUCGCUCAUCGCGAACCACCACUUCUCACCAGUCUGCGGAAGCCCUUCGCCUGCAAGCAGCCACCGAAAGCCUCCCGCCGAGGUCGCUGGCUAUCUUCCUGAGCAAACUUUCUAUCCAGCAUGGAACCGACUGUUUUUUCUACUUUGAUCAGCCUUCUUUCUUGGCCGUGGAAGAGUUCUACAGCGACUUGAGCUCACCUCUCCGACGGGAUCCCAGCUUCCUCUGCCUUUUGCUCCCGCGAGCCCGCCCAUCCGCUCUAUCGGGGUCUCUUCCAGCUCCUACGGAUGACCCUGGACGGGUGUUUUGCGGCCAUGCCCGAAUCUUGAUGGCGGACACCAUGGAUAGAGUGAGCAUGUACUCGGUCAAAACGGCGUUCGUCCUCGGGAUCUACCUCAUGCCAUCGAGUGCGGUAGGGGCCUCGUACCUGUACAUGGGUCUCGCCUUGAGGAAAGCUCUCGCUCUUGGGCUGCAUCAUGAAUCAGAAGAACCAGAAAUUGACAGCCAUGAGAGGGAAAUGAGACGAAGAUUGUGGUGGGCUAUCUAUUCUCUCGAAAGAACCCUAACAAUCAAGCUCAAUCGACCGAGAUCGAUAUCUCAAGACGUCAUCACAGCUCAUCUGCCUCAGCGCCGAGCAACUGAUGCAUUGCAAAGCUUUGAUAACCUGGACCACCAAGUAGCCAACGCGCGAUUUGUAAAGAUCAUUGACACUCUUAUUGAGCCGGCUACGUGGUCAAGCAACUCGCAACCUCCUUUACAAGACUUUGAAGUUUCGCUAAAAGCCUGUAAGCGAUCUCUGCCUCCCAACUUACGUCUAUCAACCGUGGAGCCUCGCUCUCCAUACUACCGCGCCGUAUUUCACCUCUAUUUGAACUACUACUUCGCCUGGAUAGCCAUAGGGAAAACGUCUGUAGUGUCAAAGAUUCGGAGCCAUUUACGGUCAGCUGCAUCAGGUAUACCGGAGCCUCAGUCAACCGAAGAUGAUGAUGUAACCCGGCAAUUUAAGUCAUGUGGCAUCGCGGCAAAGAAGAUGCUGAACAUACUCGAAGACGCUAGCAACUCUGGAAUGGCCCCAAGCUCCUUUACGGACUUUCAGGGUUGCAGCAUAGCCACAAUCAUUGUGGUUCUGACCGGCAUUCUGGAGCGAGACUCGGCGUACGAAGCGCGAGUCGCCUUUGGUCUGCGCUGUCUUCGGAGGAUGGCUGACUUGCACAUGGCUGGUCGAUUGGCAGUUCGCUUUGUGGAAGCACUCAUAUCCAUCGCCGAGGAGGCGCGGGCCAAGACUACACAGACUGCUGGAGAUCAAAACGACCCAUCGCCAAUGUGGGAGGAAGCUGCUGCAUUGCUCCAGCUUCGGAACCCAUCUACACCUAACCAAACACUUGCGGUCGAAGACACUGCUCUGUCAACUUCUGCGGCUGGGCUACCAGAAGAGUCACCAUUCGAUCUGGGUCUGGAUACUGAUUUUCCUGCAGCCACUUUCGCCGAGAACCACAUGCAAUUGAUGGGUCUCACUGUUAUGGACAUGCUGGAUUUUACAUUUGACAUUUAA